UCGCCCCCUGAUUGGCCACGUGCACGUACGUAAAACCCGCACCGGAGUCUGCCACAGGUAGCAGCGCUCUCAAACCAACCGCCGCUCAACUUUUCCUCGGCUUGUUGACGCUCGGAGGCGUAUCGACGUUGGCCGCCAGCGAGCGCCCGCCCGCCGCACACAGUCAUUACGGGUGCGGGCGUCCGGCUCCGGGGCGCGCACGCGUCUUAGCACCUCGGACAGCGCACGGCGCCGCAGUGGCGACGCGUGGAUUCAACCGGUGGCUCCGAGCAGAGCGGCGGCGGCAGCGGCAGCGGCGCGAAGGGGCGCGUUCGACUGAGCGACAACUCCGCGUAGGUGCGUCCAGUCGCUCCCUGCGGCACGCGCGCCGGGCUUCUUCAUUUCCUCUGAACGCAGCGCGUCCGUCGGUUCCACCGCGCGAGUAGGCGUGCCGCUGGAUGCGCGGCUCCCUCCAGAAGCCCGGCUGAGGAGCACCGUCAGACGGCGGAGCGAGCGGCGCGGUGCGGCGGCGCCUCAGAGACCCCCCAGUUAGAAGGAUGCUGGAGGGAAAUGCCUGGAGACAGAGAUGACGAGAUUUGUCAAAAGGCGCUUGAACUGCUGUCAGAUCUGUGCUCGAAGGGGGAAGUGCAGAAUGAAAACUGCCUGGAUUUUAUCUACUACUUCCGAGAUCUCGCCAGGCCACGCUACACGGACUCAGAUAUAUCGGUGAGCCUGCUGUCGCUGGUGGUGACGGCCUGUGGCCUGGCCCUGUUCGGCGUCUCCCUCUUCGUCUCCUGGAAGCUCUGCUGGAUACCAUGGAGGGAGCGUGGGCUCUCCCCCACCACGAAGGAGGCCCACGGGCACCUCAACCCCACCAUGAGCCCUCUGCCCUCGCAGGCGGCGCCCAGGCAGCCGGUCUACACGGCCGUGGACCCCCCGGCGCACAACCGCCGUGAGUCCUCGCACUGCUCCUUCGCCCGGGAGCCCACCCCCGUGGCGUCCGUGGUGUCCGUGGAGGCCCCGCCCACCCCCGUGUCACCCCCGCCCGUGGUCGCGGCCACGCCAGAGGCAGCUAUGAAGAUCAGUCACACGUCUCCGGACAUCCCGCUGGACGCCCAGACCAAAGGCCGGGAGAACGGGAUUCACACCACCCCACGUAUGCAGAGGCAGACCACUGAGCCCUCAUCCUCCGGCUGCUCCAUGACAGAGAUGGGCCAAGGGUCCAUUCGCAGGCACAUGAACCUGUCCAACCCAGACUUCAACGUGGCCCAGUUCCAAAGGCAGGACUCCCUCACGGGGAUGGGGCUCGGCCUCGGUCGCCUCAAACCAGAGCUCUACAAGCAGCGCUCCCUGGAGGGAGACGACGGAAGCCGCAGAGGCGGCGGCUGCGGGCGCCUCCACUUCAUCCUCAAGUUUGACUGCGACCUGGAACAGUUAAUAGUAAAGAUCCACAAAGCAGAGGACCUCCCGGCCAAGGACUUCUCUGGUACCUCCGAUCCCUAUGUUAAGAUCUACCUGCUCCCUGAUCGGAAGACCAAGCACCAGACCAAGGUGCAUCGCAAGACGCUGAACCCCGUUUUCGACGAAGUCUUCUUGUUUCCCGUGGCGUAUUCUGAGCUUCCCACUCGCAAGCUGCACUUCAGCGUCUACGACUUUGACCGCUUUUCACGUCAUGACAUUAUCGGUCAAGUCGUUGUGGACAACUUCCUGGAUCUGGCAGAUUUCCCCAGAGAGACGAAACUCUGCCGGGACAUCCAGUAUGUCUCCUCGGACAACGUGGACCUCGGGGAUCUGAUGUUUUCACUCUGCUACCUGCCUACGGCGGGCAGACUGACCAUCACCAUGAUAAAGGCUCGCAAUCUCAAGGCCAUGGAUAUCACAGGCGCAUCUGAUCCCUACGUGAAGGUCUCACUGAUGUGUGACGGUCGCCGGCUGAAGAAGAGGAAGACAUCGACCAAGAGGAACACUCUGAAUCCCGUCUAUAAUGAAGCCAUUGUCUUUGAUGUCCCCCCAGAAAACAUAGAGCAGAUCAGCCUUCUGAUUGCGGUGAUGGACUACGAUCGGGUGGGCCAUAACGAGGUCAUCGGUGUGUGUCGAGUCGGCAACGACGCAGACAACCUCGGUCGAGACCACUGGAGUGAGAUGCUCACGUAUCCUCGGAAACCUGUUGCCCACUGGCACCCGCUGGUUGAGUAUCAGGGGACCACCGGCAGCAGCCAGGGAGGAUCCUGUAAUUCCCUGAAGACGCCGCCGUCUCCAUAGCCUCCGGCAGCAACUCACAUUCAGGGCAUCGGCGUACCUGAGGCCUCGGCUGUACGUCUGGACUGUGGUGCUGAUGAGAGGUGCACACAAAUGCAGGCAGUCACAUACUGUACGACUACAGAGAGGAGACGCAAACUGUUGCAUGUUGAAUUGAACGCAGAAUUUUCUUUUGUAUGAUGUAAAAGAGGAAAAAGCGACAGGCGUAUGCAGACAUUUUAGUCUGUGCUAUUCCUGGCUUUAUACAGUAGUUACUGUUUUUUUUAACAUAGUCUUGUUACUGAGUUACUGUUGAGACGAGUCUGUAUUUGCAAAACCUACUUACAACCAGUUGAACUGCCAAUCUGCUUUUUUUAUAGUUUGAUGGUGAAUUGGUGCAUGAGGUCAUGGUUUAGUGGGAAAUCUUCUCCACGUCUGUUCGUUUCUGUUUCUGUUUUGGGAGUACGAUGUGUUGUUCUGUCAGAAGAUGUGCAGUGAUGGGUUUUUAGACACAAUAUCUGUAAGUAAAAUAUGUUAAAUGUUAAAUAAAUAUGAUUCCCUAUAAAACA